AUGUCAUACCUGUCAAAGAGAGAAGCAGGGAAGUCCUGCCACUCGCACGGCAAUAAGCUCGCAAUCCCCGACCUCAGCGCGUACUCCUCUCCUGUUCUGAAACCCGCCGCUGAAGAAUCCUCUGAUACUACUACAACUUCUGAGCUUGCAACAGAAUCCAUGAGCCGCAAUGUAUACCGAACAAAGACAGGCUCUUGUCGCCGUACCAAAUUCCCCGUGGCCACGCCUAUCGCUAUUCCAGCCGUCUCACAUCCAUCCCGACCCUCAACCUCGUUCACAUAA